CUAUUCGGUUCAUUUGUUUUUCCAAAGCUCCUUGGACCAGAAGAGCUCUCGAUUCCGAAAGCCACAGAAGAACACAACUCAGCCUAGCAAAAGCAAAGGAAGCAAACCCGGAUAUCCGAAAAUGGGUUAUGCACAGCUAGUUAUUGGCCCUGCUGGCAGUGGCAAGUCCACUUACUGCUCCAGUUUGCACCGACACUGUUUGGAUAAUGGGAGGACUCUACAUAUUGUUAAUUUGGAUCCUGCUGCGGAGCAUUUUGACUACCCUGUGGCUUUGGAUAUCAGGGAGCUUAUUAACUUGGAUGAUGUUAUGGAGGAACUUGGACUAGGUCCCAAUGGUGGACUUAUGUACUGCAUGGAACACCUUGAAGAUAAUCUGGAUGAUUGGCUUGCAGAGGGAUUGGAGGAUUACUUGGAUGAUGACUACUUAGUUUUCGACUGCCCAGGCCAGAUAGAACUUUUUUCUCAUGUGCCUAUGCUUCGGAACUUUGUGGACCAUUUGAAGAGCAAGAGUUUCAACGUCUGUGCCGUAUACUUGCUUGAUUCACAGUUCAUGACUGAUGUGACCAAGUUUAUCAGUGGGUGCAUGGCAUCUCUUUCUGCUAUGGUUCAACUUGAAUUACCACAUGUUAAUAUUCUCUCCAAAAUGGAUCUUGUGACGAACAAAAAGGAUAUUGAAGAUUUCUUGAAUCCGGAGCCCCGAGUUUUGUUGACAGAGUUGAACAAACGCAUGGCUCCUCAGUUUGCAAAGCUUAACAAGGCCUUGAUGGAACUGGUUGAUGAUUAUAGCAUGGUGAGUUUUGUGCCACUUGACUUGAGGAAGGAGAGCAGCAUAAGAUAUGUUUUGGCUCAAAUUGAUACCUCGAUUCAGUUUGGAGAAGAUGCCGAUGUGAAGGUUAAGGAUUUUGAUCCAGAAGCUCCAGAAGAUGAAAGCUGAUAUCCAUUUUGGACUUCUUGAUCAUGGCAUUAUUGUUGAUCCCCUUACAUGGCUGCCAGAAAUUCGUGAGAAGUGAAGGCUCAUACGUGGUGAUAUUGUCAAUAUUUAGGGCCAAAUUUUGAGACACUCUCCCUUAAAUCAUGACUGUAUAUGAAACAGUAAUUCUAUGGAGCACUUGCACUUUUUUGAUAAAGCAGACUGCAUGAACUUAUUAUGUGGUUUGUUAGGAGUACUAUGAAUGAUGGAUUAGUUUGGUCUAAUGAGAAAUUCAUUGAAUGGCAAAGCCCAAAGGAACCCAGGAAAAAACCAGAAUACAGAAGGACCUCCCCUUCACCUAAAC